UCAGCCCCCAAUUAGGUCCACUGAUACGGUACCCUGACGUUGCUGGCGUUUACACACACAUACCCGCACGCACACAGACACACAUAUGCACACACAUGCACAUAGACAAAUGCAAAUAGACACAUACACCACGGGUGGCGGGCGCCCCCAGCAGCAGAAGGCCUGCGCAAAAAGGUAUCACUACCCCUCGCUCCCCCAAAGCUCAAGGCACACACGCACACACGGCGGUGCCGAGGUGGCGGCGGCGGCGCAUGUGGCUGCCACUGUCGCUGCUGCUACUGCUGCUGCUACCGUAGAAAGUCAGCCUUUUACAUUUUGAGGGGUGUCCUCAGCAGGGGGGUGGUAAAGGCAUUGGCAUGCCCAGCCGCCGGGUCAUCCCCAAAAGAGAAGUGUGUGAGCGUGUGUGUUGUGUGCGCAUAUGUGGGAAACGCGGAGAAUAGACCCCAAAACGGGGAAGGGCGAAAUUUCGAUGAUGGAGAAGAGGCUUGAUCGAUGGCGGACAAGGACUGCCAACCGGGAUAAGAGAGAGAGAAUGACAGACAAAGUCAACAGCGGCUUCUCCGGGGGCCACGGGGCAAGGGUUUUGUUCAGCCGCGUGCAGGCUUGGGUUCUGUGUGUGUGUGUGUGUGUGUGUGUGUGUGUGUGUCUGGGGUUUCGGUAUCUGGUCGUCCGGCUUUGCUCUUUGGCUCUGCUUAUACGAUCUACGACGACCAGGGGGAUGGUGGUAUAUCACGAUGGGCACAGCAGUUGGCUGAAUCGUGGCAGCUUGUGCAGAGGGUUCGCUGCACGUUCCUCCCAGGAAAUAACCAGAGAGACAGGGGGGAAAGAGAGAGAGAGGAAAGAAGAGGGCGUGGUUGUUGAGACGCUUCUUCCGUGCCAGGCGGCCUGCGGGCACAAAAUUGCACCGAAUGCCGGGGACUUCUUGUCUCCGAAAGGGAACAAACUGGACUAGCUCCUCGAGAACCAGGCUACCGGAAAACAAACUAGCAAAUGGCCGCGAAAGGGUGGUGGGAUAAAGGAUGGCGGUAAUUGAGGCUGUGCG